AUGGCUUUGAGGUUAUUAAAGCUGAAUAUUUUUGCAGCGUUUUGUUUGGUCGUGAUUGCGUUUCAAUUUUCAUUAUCCAUCGCUUUGGUUGCUUCGCAAGGCAUCAAUCCCCCCUACCCUAAAGCGAUAUCUGAUUUGAAGGAAGCAGUUGUGAAGGGAUUAGGUUUCCAAGCUGAUGAGUUUAAGAUAUCGGGGUUUGAUUUGAGGGAUGCCUUAGUGGGAAGGUCGGUGGCAUAUGAAUUUGAUGUUGAGGUCGAUAAUAAAGUUUUGCCCUUUAAGCUUUUGGAGGACGUUAACCGAUGGGAGUAUGUGGACUUGCCCAUUUUUCGCGUAGAGGAUUCAGGUAAUGGGCUGGUGGAGAGACAGCGAUUGGAGGAUCAGAUGCCUGUUUUGGCUCCGUUCCAGUUGGCUGGUCCAAUGGAGCUAUGGAUCCAGGAUGCCAAAGAUAUGAGAAUUUCAUUGCCGCAUGAUGUGGAUGCUGGCGUGCUGAAGAAAGUGAUCUUAGCAGAUGGUGCUGUGGUCACUGUUAAGGGUGCCAGAUCAGUCAGCUUGCGUCAUCCAGUCGAGCUUCCACUUCCACUAAAUCGAACUAAUAAUAACUUUGCAUCUGGUCUUCUAACGCUAGCAGAGCGUCUUCAACAUGCUUCCCGUUCCCAAGGUGGUCCCCUCCUUUCACUUCGCAUUGUCGGUCCAUCAUCGCUAACAUCUCCUACAUCCUCAUCUACUUCUUCCAGUAACAAGCUUAAGCUGAAGCGCCUUGCACCUGGCCUUGUGGAGCUAUCAUCAGCAUCAAAAAGGAAAUCUGUGCAAGCUGAUGCUUUAUCCACCAUUGGUCUCCAAGGAGAAGCCACUUCCCUUCUCACACCUGAUCGGUUCACCACAAUGUGGCCUCUUAUAUCCAUCGAUGGAUCGAACCCUAACUUGCUUGGUUUUGAGGCAUUGCUAUCUUCUGUACUGGGUCCCAAAGCAAACACAGAGGGUUCGUUCAAGCUGUUGAAGGCAGAUGUGUCAGCACAGACUUUUAUGAAGAUAGGUUUUGGAGUCGAGAAGAAGCUGAGUAAGGGAGAUGGAUUUGAUUGGGAGGGCUUUCCUGAGUGGAGGACAAAGCCUGAGACUGUGAGAAUGCAUUUUGAAGUGUUGGCUAAGGUAGAUGGUGACAAGGUUGUGCCAGAGAGAGUGGUACAGGUCAAUCCCGUGAUUGCAGAGGAUACUGUGGCACCAAGUGAGCUCUUGGGAAACACGACCAUGUCAAAGACUCCGAUUCUUAACCCACCUUCAAAUCCAUUCACUCUAUGA